AUGGCGGAGCUGCGCCGGACGGAGUCCACGCUGACCGCGCUGGACGAGGACGCGCUAUGGGAGCUGCUGGAGAGCCACCGCCACAAGAUUGUGCGUAGCAUCUGCCCCAGCCGCCUCACCCCCUACCUGCGCCAGGCCAAGGUGCUGGACCAGCUGGACGAGGAGGAGGUGCUCCACGGCCCCAGGUUCACCAACACCGUCAUGAGAGUCGGGCACUUGCUGGAUUUGCUGAAGACGCGAGGGAAGAACGGAGCCAUUGCCUUCCUGGAGAGCCUGAAGUUCCACAACCCGGACAUCUACACCCUGGUCACCGGGCUGCAGCCCAAGGUGGACUUCAGCAACUUCAGUGGGCUCAUGGAGACGUCCAAGCUGACCGAGUGCCUGGCCGGGGCCAUCAGCAGCCUGCAGGAGGAGCUAAGCCAGGAGAAGGGGCAGAAGGAGGCCCUGCUGCGGCGUUGCCAGCAGCUCCAGGAGCACCUGGGCCAGGCCGAGGCCCGCGUCCAGAGCCUGGGCCAGAUGGAAGCCGACCACGACCGCAUGAAGCGCGAGGUCAGCGCCCACUUCCACGAGGUGCUGAAGCUCAAGGACGAGAUGCUCGGUCUGUCCCUGCACUACAGCAACGCGCUGCGGGAGAAGGAGCUGGCCGCCACGCGCUGCCGAAGCCUGCAGGAGGAGCUCUACCUGACCAAGCAGGAGCUGCAGCGCGAGAAGAUGUCUUCCUGCCACGCGCGAGAAUUGCGGGGGCGGUCCCCGCAGAUGGCUGGGGACCUGGAGCCCGGGGACAAGGCGCUGAGCCGCCUGAAGGAGGAGAAUGAGAAGCUCCGGUCGCUGACGUUCAGCCUGGCGGAGAAGGACAUCCUGGAGCAGAACCUGGACGAGGCCCUGGAGAGCAAGCAGGAGCUGGUGGACCGCAUCCACUCUCUGAGGGAGCGGGCCGUGGCCGCUGAGAGGCAGCGCAAGCAGUACUGGGAAGAGAAGGAGCAGACCCUACUCCAGUUCCAGAGGACGAAGGUGGACUGUGACAUCUACAAGGAGAAGGUGAACGCCCUGCGGGGUCAGCUCCAGCAGCUGCAGAAGGAGCGAGACCAGGCCUACUCCGCCCGGGACGCCGCCCAGAUGGAGAUUGCUCAGAACCUGGCGGAGAAGGACUCCCUCCGCAGAGAAGUGUUCGAGCUGACGGACCACGUCUGUGAACUGCGCCAGCAGCUCCGCAGGCCGGCCGAGUCCCCCCAGGGGCCUGAGCAGGAAGCCGGAGCCAGGGAGCCGGGUCUGAGGGGGAAGCAGCCGCUCGUGCGUAUGUUCGCCAUCUGCCCGCGGGAUGACAGUGACGACAGCAGCCCCAGCUCCACUGAGCUCUGCUCUGACCUCAACGCCACGUGCAACCGCGAGCUGGUGGACAGCUUCCGCUCCAGCAGCCCCCUGCCUCCCAGUCCACAGUCCCUGUACAAGCGGGCGGCAGAGGACUUCCGGGAAGACCCCUGGUCUCUUAGUGGUUUCCUAGAAAUCCGGCAGGUGGACCAAGGACUCUCCCGGGGGGUGAAGGCAGUGGAUGCCGACCUGGAUUAUGAGAUUGUAGACAGAGCAGACCUUCCUGAGUGUGAGAGCAGCGUGCAGCCCUGCAACGGGGGUCUCACCACCUCAUCCAGCAGCGUCCCAGUGCGGAGGAGGCUGGCCCGCAAGAUCCUGAGCCAGGUCACCGUGCUGGCCUUCCAGGGGGACGCGUUGCUGGAGCAGAUAAGCGUCAUUGGUGGCAACCACACGGGCAUCUUCAUUCACCGGGUCACCCCUGGCUCGCCGGCGGACGAGAUGGCCUUGCGCCCGGGCACCCAGAUCAUGAUGGUGGAUUACGAAGCAACAGAGCCCUCGUUCAAGGCCACCUUGGAGGACACGACCCUGGAGCAAGCUGUCGGGCUCCUGCAGAGGGUGAACGGCUUCUGCUGCCUGUCUGUGAAGGUCAACACGGAGGGUUAUAGGAGGUUGGUCCAGGACCUGGAGGCCAACGUGGUGACCUCAGGGGACUCCUUCUACAUCCGGGUGAACCUGGCCAUGGAGGCGCGGGCGGAGGGGGAGCUGCGGGUGCGAUGCAGUGAUGUCCUGCACGUCAGCGACACCCUGUUCCAGGGCCGCGGCUGCUGGCGCGCCCACCGCGUGGGCCCCUACAGCACAAAGGGUGUGGAGCAUGGCACCAUUCCCAACUACGCCCGGGCUCAGCAGCUGCUCAUCGCUCUCAUCCAGGACAUGGCUCAGCAAAGCACCGCCGGCCGCAAGCAGUCUUCCGGGGGACCCCAGAAGCUGGUCCGCAUCAUCAGUGUGGACAGAACCAAGGCCAGCCCUCUGUGCUCAUCCUUCAAUGGGGCCCUGUGGGAGCCCAGCAAGCUGGAAGAGCCCUCCACUGCGUGCUUCUGGGCCGAGAGUUGCUUCACCCUGGUGCCCUACACCCUGGUGCACCCCCACAGGCCCAGCCAGCCCCGGCCAGUGAUCUUGGUGCCCAGGGUUGUCGGGAAGAUCCUCAGCGAGAAGCUGUGCCUCCUCCAAGGGUUUAAGAAAUGCCCAGCAGAGUACUUGAGCCAGGAGGAAUACGAUGCCUCGAGUCAGAGAGGGGACAUCAUCCAGGAGAGGGAGGCAUCCGGUGGCCGCUACUGCGUGACCCGCCGGGCUGUCGAGUCCCUCAUGGAAAAGAACACCCACGCCCUCUUGGACGUCCGGCUGGACAGCAUCUGUGCCCUGCACGGGAUGGAGAUCUUCCCCAUCAUCAUCCACAUCCCCAUCAACGAGAGAGCAGCAAAGAAAUUCAAGAAGGCCUUGCAGCGGCUCGGCACGUCGGAGGAGCAGCUCCUGGAGGCGGGCAGGCAGGAGGAGGCCGCGCUGGACAGAGCGCCCUGUCUGUACGGCAGCCUGGCCCCCGACGGCUGGAAUGACCUGGAGACGCUGCUCGGCUGCGUCCGCUCCGCCAUCGGGGACGAGCAGAAGAAGGUCGUGUGGACGGAGCAGAGCCCCCGCUGACGGCACCGGAGCCCUUCCAGGGGCCGCGGGGACCUCUGAGUCCCUGCGAUUUGAGCU